UGUGGUAAGUUUAUCGAAGGCAAAUUCAAGCUUCGAAAACUUCGGGGCGAUUAUUUUCGAACGGCAGUUUGGUCACACUGGAAAUACUGCGCGAAAUACAACAAUGAAUAGCGAACUCAAGAGGAAGGUCGAGAGCUGCGCCCACACGGCGGAGGACUUUGCGCGGCUCUACUACGCCUCCAUCGACAAUCGACGCCAACAAGUGGGUCGCCUGUACCUCGAAAAUGCCACCCUCAGCUGGAAUGGGAACGGGGCCUGCGGACGCGAGGUGAUCGAGCGCCACUUCCUGGAUCUGCCCCCGUCCAGACACUACAACACCACAUUGGAUGCCCAGCCCAUUUUCGAUCCCGCCGUGGGCUCCAUGAUCACCUACAUAAUCCUGGCCGGAGGCAACGUGCAGUUCGGUGACGACCGGCGCCGCAACUUCCAGCAAACCUUCAUCGUGACCGCCGUGAAUGACAAGUGGAAGAUCGCCUCCGACUGCUACCGCCUGCAGGAUUAGUCCUGUGAUUAAACCAAAGAAUUAAGGAGUUUCUUUCUCAUUUGUUAUUUUAGUUAAACUACGUGCGGUAGUCGUGUAACAAGUUUAUUUGCAUUUUUAAGAGUCUACAUAUAUAACAAUUACACUGAAAUGCGCAGGUCCAGGUCGCUCCGCUCGCCAAUGAAACUACAUUUUUCUCCAUUAACAAAUGUUUUGAUUUGUGAAUUACAUAUUUUUACGUAUUACACUGAAAUAUAAUAAUCUUUAAAAUUCA